AAUAAAUAAAAACCUCCGAGCAACUUGAAGCUGCUGUUUAGGGUUUCUGUUUCGCCGCUCAGGUUUCGUUUAAAGGAUCCAUCUUGAGUAAUGGCUCCAGCUAAAGUCGAUGUUACCAAGAAAGCCGACCCCAAGGCAAAGGCCUUAAAAACUGCCAAAGCAGUGAAAUCUGGCCAGAUCAUGAAGAAGCCUGCAAAGAAGAUCAGGACAAAGGUGACUUUCCACAGGCCAAAGACAUUGACCAUUGGAAGGAAUCCCAAGUACCCACGAAUCAGUGCAACGCCAAGGAACAAAUUGGACCAUUACCAGAUCCUCAAGUACCCUCUCACUACUGAAUCUGCCAUGAAGAAGAUUGAAGACAACAACACCUUAGUUUUCAUCGUUGACAUCCGUGCUGACAAGAAGAAGAUCAAAGAUGCUGUCAAGAAGAUGUAUGACAUUCAGACCAAGAAGGUCAACACCCUCAUUAGGCCCGAUGGAACGAAGAAGGCGUAUGUAAGGUUGACUCCUGAUUAUGAUGCUUUGGAUGUGGCGAACAAAAUCGGGAUCAUCUAAUUUCACCAACGACGCACUGUGAUCUCACUUUCGGGGUUGAAAACAGACUUCUGGUUUUUCUCUUCCAUAGUCUUCAGUUUUGCUAGAGGAGUCUAAAGAUAUUAUCAUCUCUUUUGUUAUAUGCUUUUUAGCUUUGAAUUCAAAGAUUAUAUGGUUUUGGUAUUUAUCGAUGAGUCUUAUCUUU